CAAACGUCAUUCAUUGUCACACGCGCAUACGCAUCGUCGUUCAUUUUUGCUUAUUUUGUUAUCGAAUGUUUAUUAUCACUCAUACGAGCGAAUGUUCAAGUGCUGUGUUACCUUCAAUCGAGUUUAGUAAAUUCAGCGCUGAUAAAACAAAGAAUAUAUCAAAGGCGAUCUAUUCGCUGCUUACGGCUGCAGUAAUGCAGUGCACUGCACUCCGUAAGCACACCAACAUCAAAGUACUCGGUCGUACAAAUGCACUUCGGUGUAAAGUGUCGUUAAUAAAGCAAAACAGCUAGUCAGACGUCUUUCGGCGGGAUGGCAAACCAGCUGGGAUCGUUCGUGUUCCUCGAUUUGGAAACUACGGACCUGAUAGGACUGAAGACGCCCAAAAUAACUGAGAUUUCGCUGAUAGCAUGUUCCCGAAAACACUUGCUGGAUACGAAACGAGGUGAGCUACCGCGGGUACUUCAUAAGCAAACGUUUUGCCUCAACCCGCAGCGAAUGAUUCAUCCAAAAGCAUCAGAAAGUACAGGACUGUAUAAUGAUUUGCUGGAGAACGAGAGCAAAUUUGACGAGAACACAGCUCAGCUGAUAGUCCACUUUUUGCGGCGCCUUCAAUCUCCGACAUGCCUGGUAGCACACAAUGGCAACCGAUUCGAUUUCAUUAUUCUGAAAAAGGAACUAGAAGCAUUGAAUGCACAGUUGCCCGACGAUACGUACUGCGUCGAUUCGUUGCCUCUAUUUCAAGCCUUGGAGCAAGCGAGAGAGCAGAAAGAAAAAGAUGCUCAAGAAAAUGCGGAUAAUGAACUGGCUGAUCUUGAGUUGAGCGCCCUGACGGCCAUGGAGGAGCUCGAAGGCAGUCCGAGUACGCUGUCGCAGAUGCAAAAACUGAACGAAACCACUCCUCAAAGGAGUAAAAUUACGGAAAAUUACAAAAGAGCCUUGCGAUCGUAUUUGGACGUUACUCCGUCGCAGGAUAAACCGCACCGAACGCCUCGUCAACGGACAAGCCCGCCACGGUCCAAACGACAACUCUUCCCCGAUGAAGAAACAUCAAAAGACGGACCCAGUGCUGAUACACCACCGAUAUCAAACGGGCAGCCAACUAUCAAGAAAAGAUUCCGUCUCUGUGAUAUACACGAGAGAUUGCUGGGUGAACCGCCUAAAAUCUCGCAUUACGCCGAAUGCGAUGUAAAGGCUUUGCUGAAAUGUGCAAUCGCCGAGGGAUCGGAAUUUGUUAGGUACGCCGAAGAGCGUGGCGUGAUGUUUCGGAAUUUUUCCGGAAGACCUUGACUGGUGUACUAUUUGAAAGGAUAACUGUCGUACUGCCAAUUUAUUUUGUAUUAUUAUUUGUCAUUCCCAUAGAUAGAUAAAGCAUGGAAAUUUUAUUUGGUGAAAAGAUGUGUUAAGAUUUUGAAAAUUCAUAAAUGAUAACAUGUUUUGUGAUUUAUAUUUUUUUUCAAAUUAAUAAAACAAUUAAAAUUUUUAAGCAGAA